UUCACGGGCAACAAGUGUCGACAAUUCCUUGGGAAUCCGAAAAAGGUAAAGGAAUUGUUCAAACAUUUUAAAUAGUGCAUCGCAAUGUGUUUUUGAAACUUGUUCACAUAUUUUUGAAUUUUUGUUAACGGAAAAAGAUCACGUUAAAAUGGGCAUAGCUUUGAUGUUUCUGUUGGCCCUGUAUCAGAUGCAGGCCGCCAUCCAUAGCGAGAUCAUUGAGUCCCCCCAGUAUAAUCUGAAUGCGCUUAGCGAUGACAUUGGCAUCGAAUCGAAAAUCCCGAAUACUGAACCACUGGAUGCCCUGCUGAUUGAGAGGCCCGAGCAAACGGAGCUGGAAUUUAGAUAUCCCAUAUCAGCGAUUGGCGUGGAUUAUGCGAAAAACUCGCUGAUGUUGCGCUUCCAAAAAUAUCCGCCAAAGCUGCACUACAAAUACGAUCCCGAUUGGGAUGUGAAGCGCAAGUCGCUGCAGGAUAAUUUCAUGCACUUUGGCAAGCGCCAGGCUGAGGAAAUCUCCAAGGACAUCAAUCGGCAGUACUUUGAGGAUCCGUCCGCAGCCCGCUUUCAACGGAGUUUGGUAGGAAGUCGUGACUCGCGCGGCGAUAAUUUCAUGCGCUUCGGACGUCGCAGUCCCCAAGACGACUUUAUGCGUUUUGGUCGCUCCCAGUCGCAGGCACAGGACCACAGAAACUUUCUUCGCUUCGGCAGACCUGACAACUUUAUGCGCUUCGGUCGUUCACAACAGGAUCAGUCGCAAGCUGCCCGAAACUUUUUGCGAUUUGGCCGACCCGACAAUUUUAUGCGUUUUGGUCGCUCGCCUCAACAACAAAGUCAGAUCGAUAGGAAUUUCUUGCGCUUUGGUCGUCCCGACAACUUUAUGCGCUUCGGACGUGCACCGCCUCCUCAAUUGGACUCGAACUUCAUGCGCUUUGGCAAGAGUGUUGACAGCAGUGUCCAUACGGGGUCGAAUCAAACGAAGCCGCAGCUGCAAAAGAACGAAAUUAAGGCGGCUGUGAAGUUGUUGAAUCAGAGUGGGACGGGUAGAGAGGAGACCAAUCCCGUAGAUAAGGCCAUUACGAUGCUUUUCAGUAAGCAACAACAGCAGAGAGAGGUUCAGGAACAGCCAGAGGAUCCGACGAAGAGCAGUGAGCAGGAAUCGACAGAUCUCGGCAAUGGCAACAAUUUGGAUGGCGUCGACAGUGUGGAACAGUAUUAUGGGUAUCCGUAGGCCUGCAAUUGUGCAGACUAGGGCUUCAUGUAAAUACAAAACAAUGCUAUAUGAUAAAUGAAUGAAAUGAAGGAAAUACGUAUAAAGAAAAACUGCUCUCUUGUAUGACCCACACUAUGUAUACAAAUGUGUGGAUUUUUAAUGGGGCUGGAUUAAAAAUUCACACUCUUUAAAAUCAAAUAAUUAAAAUAAUGCCUAAGGACAUACGUACACACACAUACUAACUAUUGUAUUAAUUUAGUUAAAUCAAAGGAAAAUACCAAAG